AUGCUCCUACGUAGAGCUUUGAUUUCCUUCAGACCGCAUAUUGCUCGCUUGAAGCACACAGGUGUUGCUUUACCGAAAGACGACGACUACGAUCUCCUUUCUCAGGUCUCAUCUCAAGGAGACUCCAUCCUUCCCUUUAACAGAAAACGCCAUAGUGAGAGUUUUGGUCAGCUUGUUCGUUCUGAUGCUCGAACACAGAGCGGGGAUGUCAAUGAUGAACACCGCAAGUACAUAAGGCGACCCGAAGAUCCGGCAGUGUCAGACUACAAGGACCCAGACGGUUCUUACAUCCAAGGAAAGAACUCAGAGGAAGCUAGACUCCACCCUUUAACACUACAAGGAAAAGCAGAUCAUUCUGUGGUGAAGCUUCCAUCAGCUAUUUCUAAGACCAUCAACAACAAUAUACUCAGCGCCAGAGUGCCUAAUGUUGUGAGAGAACGAGCACAGACGAUAUAUCAAAGUUUGGACAAGGACCAGAUCCAGGAAGCUCCAGUGUCUGCCCUAGAUAGCGAUGCACACAUUGCGGCAUUGUUUUUACAAGACUUUGCUAACGUCAAGAAAGUCUUGGGAGAACUUCAAAAGAGAGUAGGUGUGGAUAAGUUUAACCCUAAAUCUGUGCUCGAUAUUGGGUAUGGGCCUGCUACAGGCAUGGUUGCACUUAAUGAGAUCAUGGGAGCCGACUUUAAGCCAGAAGUCAAAGAUGCAUACAUCGUGGGAAGGCUUAAUAAUGAAAUGAAAAGAAGAGCCAAACUCAUCUUGUCUCGUCAGCCUUGUGAGGUCGACGACAGGGAUACUCUGAAAAUAGUGGGAAAGGACGAUUAUGUGGGUCAUAUCGAUACUCGCAAGCUCAGAAUCAGAACCAACGUCAGAGACUCACUUGCGUCUUCCAAGAAAUACGAGUUGAUAAUUGUCAAUCAAGCUCUCCUUACGCGCAAACACAGCUUUCCUCGUGAUGUUGAUCUCAACUUGGAAAUGGUGUUGGCAGCACUCAAGCCUGGUGGUCAUUUGGUGCUUUUGGAAAGAGGUAAUCCUCUUGGAUUUGAAAUCAUAGCCAGAGCGAGACAAGUAAUGCUCCGCCCGGAAAAUUUCACACAUGAAAGUGGCAAGAUUCCUCGUCCAUACAUUCGUGGAUCAAAGCCAAAACCACUGAAGCUUCGAAAGGAGGACCAAAUGGUGACAGAGGAGCAGGUGAAGCACGAAGAAAAGAUGUUGAUGAAGGCUAUUGAGGAAGACGGCUUGAAUGUGGAUGACGUUGACUUGGAGAAGCAUUUGAACGAGAAAUAUGGCGAGCUUUCUGAUGAAGAUCUCAGGUUUGAGUUUGAGGAUGAAUUAGAGAAAGUAAGCUCUCUGGCGCAAUCCGAAAUGCCGGACUAUGCCGGUGUUGACUAUCAUCUCAGUGUUGUGGCACCUUGUCCUCAUCAUGGUAAGUGCCCACUCCAGCUAGGAGAUCCAGUAUUGUACAAGGUAAGUCACCACAAACACAGGUUUGACUUUUGCGCCUUCGAUAAUGUCUCUGAAAGACCAAAAUAUACUAUGGAGCUCAAAAAAGGCAAGCGAUUGGCUACACCUUGGGAGAAAGCAGACAAGUUGACCAAAAGUGAACGCAAAGCACUCGAAGGCGGUGGAAGACCUGGUAGCAACAACACAGAGCUGGGAACUUACUCUUAUCUUAUCAUGCAUCGUUCUCUCAACGACAAGGAAACGAUCAAAAAGAUUGAAGCAGACCGUGAACAUGCCUCAGAGAGCAAUGUUGGGGAGAGUAUGGCCACCUGGCCCCGUCUUAUCGGAUUCCCAGCGAAAGUCAAGAAGAACGUCAAGUUUAAUGUUUGUGCACCUCUGGGAAAUAUUGAAACGUGGCAAGUUCCUAAGAGUUUGGGUAAACAAGUAUAUCACGAUGCUCGGAAAGCACGCCAGGGCGACUUGUGGCCAUUGGGCAGAAAGACCUUUCAGGUAAGAAAUAAGUUCUCUGAAGAGGGCAUGGCCAGGUUAAAGUCAUUGGCCAAAGCACAGCGUAAAGUUGUGUUGAAGGAGAAGAGGAAGAAAGAAUGGAAGAAGAGAGAGGCAAGGGAUCCUGCUCUUCUUGAAGAAGAGAGCGACUCAGACCCUUAUGCUUUGAACGAACUAUACGCCUCUCAGUUCGAGUCAACAAAGAAAUACCGUCAACAGACGAAGAAAAUGGGGUUUGACACCUAG